GCGACAGCCCAUUGGAUAAUAAAGUGCAAACACAAACCAUGUGAUGCGGAAGUCACUACACCAGGAGAGUGCGUGAUGUGUCAAAAUUUGGAUUAAAAUUUUGACACUUGUGAAACCAUAACGUGUCAUUACUGUCCACUGUCGAAGGCAUACGCCGACAACAUGUUAAAAAUUACUAACUGACAGGGAUAUCUAUUUUCAUAUCGAGUUAGGAAGGGACUAGACCUCCAAGAGGUGGCUGUGGUUUGUAGAAACGUUAGUUGCCGCAUUGAAGCUGAUAAGCUAUGUGGCAGCUAGUUUGCGCUAGCGCGUAACGUUAGCCGAUUUCUUUUCUAGACCUCCAUCCUAACCAAGUAUGAAUUAAUGUGGCAGUGGCAGUGACAGUGGCAGGUGGUGACAACAGACCAGCCUAAUCCAACCACUGUACAACUAGCAGCCUGGCCUUUGUUUACCUGUUAAGGUAAGAGGUGAGCAGGCGGGGGGCAGGGCCACCCACGAGGUAGGAGGGAUGCCUGUGGAGGGCGGAAGCGGCAGCGGCUCUGCUUUAGCUGCCCGUCACCCCAAGCAGAAGCGCAAGGCUCACAGUUUAUCUAUCCGGCGCACCAACAGUACAGAGGAGAGGCCACCAGGCAUCCUGAGAGGAGACAUGCUGGAGGGACAGGACUCCAAGCUGCCCCUGUCCUUACGGAACAAUCUCCUUGACCUUUUUGGCCAGAUUGAGCGCGAGUUUGAAAAUCUCUACAUUGAAAACAUUGAAUUACGCCGGGAAAUCGACUCUCUGAAUGAGCGUCUGACCGGAGAUGGGCAGGCUAUUGAAGGAGGAGACCCGACCAAAGGAGCUCUUAAAACAAAAGCCAGCCACAGCACCAGUCAACUGUCACAGAAGCUGAAGACGACCUACAAAGCCUCCACCAGCAAGCGCUUGUACACUUUCCACGGCAAAAUAGGUGGACCUCGCAACUUCAGUGUGGCCACAUGGGAGUUGUGGGGAGGAGAUUCAUGGAUUGUGUCCAGUUUUAAAGCUACCACAGGCUCCAGGGCUCUGUGUCAGCUGCUCAAGGAGUACAUGGGCCACCGGGAUGGGAUCUGGGAUCUCAGCGUCACCCGUACUCAGCCAGUGGUCCUGGGCACUGCCUCUGCAGAUCACUCAGCUCUGCUGUGGAGUAUAGAGACUGGAAAAUGUCUGCUGAGGUAUGCUGGCCAUGCAGGAUCAGUCAACUCCAUCAAGUUCCACCCCACAGAGCAGAUGGCCCUCACAGCCUCUGGGGACCAGACAGCUCACAUCUGGCGCUACAUGGUGCAGCUUCCUGCCCCCCAGCCACCACCAGAUGUCAGUGCUCCAUGUGAUGACGAUCAGGACUCAUCAGACAGAGAAGAAGGGGAGGUGGAUGGCGAGGGCCCUUUUGAGGUUCCAACCGUCCGGGUCGCUACAGCAACUCUGAAGAGCCACCAGGGUGUGGUCAUUGCAGCUGAUUGGUUGGUGGGAGGCCGCCAGGUGGUGACAGCUUCCUGGGAUCGUGCUGCCAACCUGUAUGAGGUAGAGACGUCUGAACUGGUUCACACCCUCACUGGGCACGACCAGGAGCUCACCCACUGCUGCACCCACCCCACCCAGCGCCUGGUGGUCACUUCAUCCAGAGACACCACCUUCAGACUGUGGGACUUCAGAGACCCGUCCAUUCACUCUGUCAACGUCUUCCAGGGACACACUGACACGGUGACGUCAGCAGUGUUCACAGUGGGCGACAACGUGGUUUCGGGGAGUGACGACCGCACCGUCAAGGUGUGGGAUUUGAAGAACAUGAGGUCGCCUAUAGCAACCAUCCGCACUGACUCAGCUGUGAACAGGAUCAGCGUCUCUGCCAACCAGAGGAUCAUCGCUCUGCCACACGAUAACCGACAGGUCCGACUGUUCGACAUGAGCGGAGUGAGGCUGGCCAGACUUCCACGCAGCAACAGGAUGGGUCACAGGCGAAUGGUGUGUUGUACGGCGUGGAAUGAAGAGAACCAGUCGUGCAACCUGUUCACCUGUGGCUUCGACCGACAGGCCAUCGGCUGGAACAUCAACAUCCCCGCCCUGCUGCAGGAGAAGUGACGCCACUGAUACACACACACACACAGCAGAAACACGCAGUAGAGUCGGAGGCGGAGCACAUAAACACUGUAAUCUGUGGCCUCGCACAUGCUCGUAUGUCGCACGUGUUUACCCUGUGAAGCAUUUUAGUCGUCAUGUAUUUCUCUGAACUCCAGCUGCUGAGAUAUGUGAUUAAAAAAAAAAAUAAACAUUGUUCAUUAUCACGGUCACUUUAGUAUAGUGCAGCUAUUAACACUGAUUGAUAAGAGUAUAAUCCCCUGAUGUAUCACUCUGUCACCUCGACUGCAGUUCCAACCUGCCAAAACAUCUCCUGAUGCAGUUCCAACAUUUUAAAGUGUGUACGAGGCCACAGAUCUGACCCUCCUGUAUUUGACCCCUUCAUAUAUUUAGCAUGACUUGUGAAUCGUGACACGGUUAGACUGAUCCUUUCAUUCCUAGCCUUUUCUGUUUUAAGGUAUAAAAGUAUAUAUUUCACUCCACAGUCACGGGCUGCUGUUCACAUCACUGUUGUUUAGUUUAACUGCUGAAUGGUUGCUCUUGCAUGUAGAUAAAACCUGUUUUGCGAUUGUUACCUGUAAAGUUGAGAGAGAACAAGUACAAGGCCUGGACAGUUUGUAGAAUACAAUAUGGAGACAUUAUGUACAUAUUAUGUGGUGGCCUCAUUAAGUGACCUGAGUUGCAGGUUGUUGCUAUUUCAUGGAUUAAGUGUCUUUACAGUAAUCUACCUUUUGAGGCUGGAGUUUGGCAGAGAUAACGUGGUUCUGUGAAAUGUUUUUACCCUUUUAGUCAGACUUUGAUUAUUUCUUAUCAUGGAACAAAACAUAUCAUAUCGAGGCCUGCCAGAUUCCCCGUGCAGCGUGCAAUGCUGUUGGGUCAUUCAGUUGUCUUAAAAUGUUUCUGAUGUGCUGUCCUGUGUCAAAGCUUUCACUCAUUGAGUUUCUGAUGAGUCCUUGCCUGUUACCUUUGAUGCUUCCAGUUCACAGUUAGCCUCCGUAUUUCCAGACUGAUGCUGUAACUCUGCCUUGUUCCAUGUUUACAGUAGGAUUUCAUUUUUAAAAUAUUUUGCCGCUCUGUCAGAAUGUGUUGAGAGCAUAGCAAUAAGGGGAAAACGACUGCACUUCUGUUGUUCACCAAUCUUUUGUAGGUCUGUGAACGUGUUCAACAUUAUCAUAAUCUAAUAUUUCCUAUAAGUUACAGGUUUAGCUGUCGUUACUUUUAGCUAUAAUAUGCGCCGUAUUUAUUUGCGUCAGUGAACUGCAGACCCAUCCUCUUCAGCCUGUUGCCAGCUCAGAGCCCUGUGUUGCUGUAUUGUGUCAUUCCCAAGUGAACUUGUUGGUUACUGGUUAUUUCUGUGCUUCAGUAACAGCCUGUCAGUAUGAAGUUAUAGUUUUUGCACUUUGCAUUUGAACCCUUAGCCUUGUAUUACCUUUUGCACCUUUUGCUGUAGAUGCCACUUUUCAGUCCAUGAGAGGCACUCUUUAUCCCAAAUACAGAAGCAAUAACCCAACUCCUCUAUGUUUGUGGUGCUCAGAGUGAAGCCCAUUUCUGUCUUGGAAAUCAGUAAAUAUAACUUGAAAUACGCACUGAAUCUCAGUUUGAGAAUUACAACUAAUAUUGGGCCUUUGUUACACUCGUGCAAUAUCCUAAACAUGAGGUAAUGCUGUCAUUUCUGUCUUCAGACGUUCAGCUGAUUUCAGUGCUGUAAAUCCCACAAAAUCUUAAUGUACUUGUGUGACUGGAGUACAUGUAGCUUGAUGUACAUGGGUAUGCAUAACUUGGCCAAAAGUUAGGCUACACACUUAACUGCUGUUUCUACCAACAACAGAGUCGGAAUAGAUUUUGAAGUAGCAUGAAUCUAAAAAUGUCAUAAGCCUAUUAAAAUGCCUUACCAUUGCAUUGAAAAUGGUGCAUUAGCCUUAUCCAUCUGAGCAUCAGUGCACUUUUCCAAAUGCUUGUUAAAUAACUAAUUGUGUUCUACAGCACAGUGCAGAUAGGAUUUUUAUUCCCGUUUCAUUCAGGGAACCCAAUCUCGCGCCCACUGAUAUCAAUGUCAUUUUAAUUUGCAGGUAGAAAGGCAAGUCUGAUUUUACCCCACAUGAAUUCUGACUGGGGAGGAAAUAUGAUUUUGGAUUGAUAAAUUAAAUUACUGCGUACCAGAUUGGAGGGGUAAAAAAAGUGGAGAGGCUUCGCUUCAUUGUAGCGAGUCAUAUUCACCUUAAACUUCAUUAUGUGAUCUACUUUGCAUACUUUAUUGUGAUGGGUAUGUGCUCUCUGACACUUUCCAAUAAAAAUGUGUGAUUUCCUUUUACAGUC